AGGAAAUGGCUUCUGAGCAGGGAUGUCCGGUGCCGCUGGGCCUCUUACAGGAGGUUCGAGUUCAACAGGGAGUGAAAACAGAGCAGCCAGAUUUCCUCCCGUUUGAAUCAGGGGCUGGGAAAGGCCCCCCCAUCUUGCUCACGGGCAGCCCUGAGGAAUUCUGGGAGAGAGCCAGGGUUGGCUAUCAGAAGGGGCUGCCACAGCCCUGGGAAGCUCAGCUGCAGACUUUCUUGAAGGCGAUGGAGUCUUCCCAGCAAAGUACACUGGCAUUGAAAGAGGAGGCCUUGUGUCCUCCAGAGGUGGCAUCAAGCAGUGGGAAGCAUCUAGCAAGCAGGAAGAUGAGCCGUCCGGGCCCCGGCAGAGAAGGCCAGCUGAUGGCUAACAGUGUCUCGGCGAAAGGCCAAGGAGAGUGUGGGAAGGUGAAGGAAGAGAUCCAGCCGACUGAAAGAGCAGCUUCAGGCACCGAUCUGGAGCGCCAACGUUUCCGGCAGUUUGGCUACCAGGAGGCCGAGGGGCCCCGCGAGGUGUGCAGCCGACUCUGGGCGCUCUGCCACCAGUGGCUGAAGCCGGAGAGACGCACCAAGGAGAAGAUCCUGGAACUGCUGACCCUGGAGCAGUUCCUGGCCGUCCUUCCGACAGAAAUGCAGAGCUGGGUCAGGCAAGGGAGGCCUGAGAGCUGCCUGCACGCGGUGGCCCUGGCAGAGGGUUUCCUGCGGAGGCAGCAAGCUGGAGAGGAGCAGGUGAGAUUCCCCAAAGGCUUUGCUGCUUCCCCUGAGCUGUGCGGAGUUCUCUCCAGCGAAUGGCAAAUGCCUCUCUUCGUGGAGAUCAAACCAGAGAAGGACAAGGAGUCACGCUUGCUAAGUAAGGAUCCUUUGGGGAAGAAUCCUCACCCUCCUGUUGGGGUUUUAGUGGAUCCCAAGCAGAAGCAGAGCCAGCGGCGGGAGGGUGACUGCUCAGAAACAUCUCUCCGAUUGCCCCGGGAUGACAAGGCUGGGGAGGUGAUCCAGCGGGCAGCAGUCAAGAUAAUAGAAAGCCAAAUCCUUUUUUGGCAUGGCUGA